CAACUGCUGGAGGGAAGGAAACUCAUUUCUCCUUCACGUCGGGGAACAACAAGGAGGCCUUUUCUUUUCUGGCCAUGUCGUCUGUAGGAACUGCUGAGGCAGAUGGAGACCAGAGGGACCGGCACGUCAGCAAGCUCAUUUUCUUCCUCUUUGUCUUCGGUGCAGUUCUGUUGUGUGUAGGGGUCCUGCUCUCCAUCUUCGGGUACCAGGCAUGCCAAUAUAAGCCCCUCUCACACUGCAGCAUGGUGCUAAAGAUUGCUGGGCCUUCGUGUGCAGUGAUGGGGCUAGGGGCUGUGAUUCUGGCCCGGUCCCGGGCACGCCUGCACCUGCGGGAGCGACAGCGGCAAGGCCUCCGGGACCCUGACCAGUCCUUAUUCUGUGGAGAGAGCCGCCAGUUUGCCCAGUGUCUCAUCUUUGGGUUCUUGUUUCUGGCCAGUGGCAUGCUCAUUAGCAUACUGGGCAUUUGGGUGCCAGGAUGCAGCUCAGACUGGGCACAGGAGCCGCUGAACGAGACAAGCGCAGAAGAGGGAGAAGGCCAGAUGUGCGGCUUCCUCUCUCUGCAGAUCAUGGGGCCCUUGGUUGUGCUUGUGGGGUUGUGUUUCUUUGUGGUGGCCCAUGUUAAGAAGAAAAACAACUUGAGUUCAAGCCGAGACACCUCUGAAAUCGAAGGUGGACGCACGCACAGUACGGAGCCUGUCCACAUCACUGUAGGUGACUCGGUGAUAAUAUUCCCGCCCCCUCCACCACCUUACUUUCCUGAGUCUUCUGCAGUGGCAUCCUCUCCUGGGGCUAACAGCCUGCACCGGAUUGAAAACCCACCUUCCUAUUCCAGCCUUUUUAACUACAGCAGAACCCCAGCUCCUGAGAACCAGGGAGCAGCCUCUGAGAGAGAACGGGAGCUCAUAUACACCAUUUCUGGGCCUGGUUCACCCUCUGUGAAUCCUCACACUGGACCCCUCCCAUUGGACCUGCCCCCUAGAUACGAAGAAAAAGAAACGGCCCCAGCCACACCCCCGGCUGCACCUUCUGAACCCUCCCCACCAUGAGCUACGGA